AUGUCUUUCUUAAGUUCUUUCACUUAUUUUAUUUUCUCUUUAUACAUUUUUUUGGUCAUUUCUAAAUGUCACUGUGAUGUUAAUGCUAGCCAUAUCACAUCAAAACUAGUGAUUGAUGCUGGUUCUGGAAGGCUUAUUCCGGAUACUUUUUUUGGAGCAUUUUUUGAAGAGAUUAAUCACGCAGGAGCUGGAGGAUUAUGGGCAGAACUUGUGAAUAAUAGAGGUUUUGAAGCAGAAAGUUCCAUUAAUGGGACCUCAAAUAUUUAUCCAUGGACAAUUAUUGGAGAAAAUCAAUCAUCCAUUAUUGUAUCAACAGAACGUUCUUCUUGUUUUGAACGUAACAAAAUUGCAUUACGUAUGGAUGUUCUCUGUCAUAAAAAAUCUUGUCCACAUGGUGGUGUUGGUAUUUCCAAUCCAGGUUUUUGGGGAAUGAAUAUUAUGGAAGGGAAGAAAUAUAAAGUAGUGUUCUAUGUUAGAUCACUUGGUCCAAUUAAAUUACAAGUUUCAUUUGUUGGAUCUGAUAAUGGUGUCAAAUUAGCUUCAAAAAAAAUAAGAGCUUCUGGAGUUAAUGUUACAAAGUGGAGUAAGAUGGAAACAAUUCUUGAAGCCAAAAGUACUAAUCAUAAUUCAAAUCUACAAAUAACAACAACCAAAAAAGGAGUAUUAUGGUUAGAUCAAGUCUCAGCCAUGCCUUUAGAUACAUAUAAGGGUCAUGGUUUUAGAAAUGACCUUUUUCAAAUGGUGGCAGAUUUAAAGCCAAAAACUUUUAGAUUCCCAGGUGGUUGUUAUGUUGAGGGAAAUUAUCUAAAAAAUGCAUUUAGGUGGAAAGAUACAGUUGGAGCAUGGGAAGAGAGACCUGGCCACUAUAAUGAUAUGUGGAAGUAUUGGACCGAUGAUGGAUUUGGUUAUUUUGAAGGACUUCAAUUAUCAGAGGAUCUUGGUGCAUAUCCAAUAUGGGUGUUUAAUAAUGGUAUUAGUCACCAUGAUGAAAUUAAUACGUCUGAAAUUUCACCAUUUGUACAAGAAGCUCUAGAUGGUAUUGAGUUUGCUAGAGGUUCUACUCAAUCAAAAUGGGGUUCUCUUAGAGCUUCCAUGGGACAUCCAAAGCCAUUUGAUUUGAGAUAUGUUGGAGUUGGAAAUGAAGAUUGUGGUAAAUAUAACUAUCUAGGAAAUUAUCUCCAGUUCUAUAAAGCUAUAAAAUAUAGAUAUCCUGAUAUUCAGAUCAUCUCAAAUUGUGACGGUUCUCAAUAUCCAUUAAAUCAUCCCGCCGAUCUUUAUGAUUUUCAUAUUUAUACAAAUUCUAAGGACAUGUUUUCCCAAUAUACCAAGUUCGAUAAAGCACCACGAUCUGGUCCAAAGGCAUAUGUUAGUGAGUAUGCUGUUUGGAGGGAAGAUGCAGGUAAUGGAAGCCUUUAUGCAGCUUUGGCUGAAGCUGCAUUUCUUAUUGGACUCGAAAAAAAUAGUGAUGUUGUCAGCAUGGUUGCCUAUGCACCCCUCUUUGUAAACACAAAUGACAAAUAUUGGAUUCCUGAUGCAAUUGUAUUCAACUCUUAUCAAAAUUAUGGAACUCCAAGUUAUUGGCUCCAACAAUUUUUUAUUGAUUCUAAUGGAGCAACCUUUCUUAAUUCAACUCUCCACAACUCUUCUAGCUCAAUUGUUGCCUCAGCAAUUCAGUAUAAAAAUUCUCAAGAUGGGAAGAAUUAUCUAAAAGUCAAGGUAGUAAAUUUUGGAAACUCGACUGAGUAUUUAGAGAUUUUAAUAAAUAAUUUAAAAUCAAAUGUGCAACAAUCUGGUUCAUCAAAAGUGAUGCUUACAUCCUCGAAUAAAAUGGAUGAAAAUUCUUUCUCCGAACCAACAAAGAUUGUGCCCAAAAGAACUUCACUUGAAAAUGCAAGAAAUGACAUGAAUGUUGAACUUGCUCCCUAUUCAGUUACAUCAUUUGAUUUAUUAAUUUAA